UUGUACGUCACUGGGGCGUGGUGAAGUCUAAACGUGUCCAAGUCACGAGUCUAAAAAAAUAAUGAAGUGUGUGCCGUCGAUGGCCGUUCUCACGUUGUGUAGUUUAAUGUAAACUCUUCGAAAGCAUGCCAUCUCUAUUCACCGUCAUCGGUAUUACAGCUGGGGCAGCUGGUGCUGUACUUCUGACCCCGGUGGCACUCGGGAUCGCUGGUUUUACGGGCGCCGGUAUCGCAGCAGGCUCUACGGCAGCUGGCAUGAUGUCAUCAGCAGCCAUUGCCAAUGGGGGCGGUGUGGCUGCAGGAAGUUUGGUUGCUAUCCUCCAGUCAGCAGGUGCUGCUGGUUUGUCUGGAGCAGCAACAGCUGGUGUGGCAUCUGUGGGUGGUGCCACAGGAGCUCUAGUAGGUGGAGCAGUUGAUUUGUUCAAGCGAAAAUGAGAAACGCACUGGAGUCCAAAGAGCUUCUGAUCACAGCCAGCUACUAUGAAAAGAGUUUAGCACCAGCUUCUCUGUGUUUAAAGUAAUUGCUUGUAGCUUGAUUUUAAACUUUCAUUACAUUUUGAAAAUAAGAAUGUAACCAUCCGAAACACAUAUAGAAAAAUCUGUGAUUCGCCACCUUUCUUAACAAAAUUACGGGGUCGUUCUAAAGCUCCAAGUCACAUUAAAAUGUGGUGGUAAAAUGUAGAUUAAUGUUCUAACAGAAAUUUUACAUUGUAUUUACAUCCUGUUCAUUAUUAUUAUUAUUCACUGUUUUGCAAAGAUUCUGAAAAAUAACUAUUUUAAAUGAAUCCAUGUGGUGAUCUUGUGACCAGUUACAUUUAUAGACACUUUGCAAUCCACAGUUACUUGCAAAUGAUGAACAGCACAAACACAUGUAUUUAAUCAAGGAGAGAAUAAAGUUUCAAUACAGAGUUUUGAAGCUGACCAGAAGGGUACAAUACACGCAAAUAUUAUCUUAAAAAUAAAGGUUCUUUAUUGGCAUCUGUGGUUCCAUGAAAAAAAUUGUAACAUCCUAAUGCACAAAAGGUUCUUUAUAGUGGGAAAAAGUUUCUUACAACAAUUCAAUUGUUCAUCAUAUAAUAACAAUAAGGGCUUUUUAGAAACUCAUUGAAAGGUUCUUUGGGGAACCAAAAUCAGUUAUUCCACGGCUUUGCUGCUAAAACCCACUUCAGGAAUCUAAAUGGGUUCCAAAAUUUGAAUGUAUUUUUUUGAAUAGCUUCUAGAAAAACUUUGCUCUCAAGUGCUCUUUGAUGUCAUUAAAGUAUUGUCUACAUAGAAACUUGAUGGUUGCUUCAGUACAAUUAAAAAGGAACAUGAUAUAUUCAAUACAUUUGAUGUGAUUGAUCCUGGUAGAGUCUGGUUUUUAUCUGAGCUGAAUGUCUGCAUUAAAAACAAAACCAGUUCACACUACCAGAACAAACACUUGUUACAGGGUUUGGUUGGGUCAGUGUGGUCAGCCUUUGACAUAUCUAUGUCAUGUGAAAGCCACCAUUUAUAUAUAUAUGUAUAUAUAUAUAUAUAUAUAUAUAUAUAUAUAUAUAUAUAUAUAUAUAUAUAGCCCCUCCGCUAUACAUACAUAUUUAAUUUUUUUUUUUUUUUUACCGUACCAAACAUACAUACAGUGUGCUGCACUUAAAUUCGUAAGGGGAAAAAUGUAAACAAUAAACCAACUCUGAUUUCCGGCAACGGUUGAGUUUCGGUUUUGUUACGUCAUUAUUCUACUUGUGCACACUGCCCAUUUGCCCAAGAAGAAGAGGAACAAGGGGCUUUUGUUGGGCAGCAGAUUAAACACAAAUCCGUGUGUAUGAAAACAACGUCAUCGUUCUGUACGAUCUUUUAAUUCAUGAAACGCGGAUACACCCAAAGACCUUUAAAACUCCAGCUCUCACUACUCACAAGCAGACAGUCCAAGGCUGAUUCGAGAUUACUCAGGAUGGAUCCCUGUACAAUGAUAGCAGCUGGCGCAGGAGCAGUCGCAGCCGUCGUUGGAGCUCCUGCUGUUCUAGCAGCCGCAGGUUUCACCGGCGCAGGAAUUGCUGCAGGUUCUGUUGCCUCCUAUUUGAUGUCAGCUACUGCUGUCGCUAACGGAGGAGGGGUUGCAGCUGGAUCUGUGGUGGCAGCUCUUCAAGCCGCUGGUGCAGCUGGAAUCCCUGUUGCAGCUCAGGCUGUGAUAGGUGCCAUAGGCGGCACUCUGGGUGCAGCUGUGGGUGGACCAUUGGUAUGCAGUGCAGGAGCCACAGGUGCUGUCACAAGCCGAGGUAUCAUGGGAGCUGCUGUGAGCUCAGUUGCAAGGUUAAUUGGCAACUGCACUGCGUAAAUGCCCCAAAAUGCCCUUGAGAAAAUGUCGGGAUUUAUGAAGUCAGACAUAACAUUAAUCUAAUCUACAACCACAAUCGUGGACAGAUUUUCAUAUAUAAUAAUAAUUAUUAUUAUUAUAUUCUGCUGUAGAUUCUCUACUAAUCUAGUUUUCUACUUUAAAUUUAAUGUAAAUGUAAUUUUCUUUAAAUUGUCGUGGCUAGCAUUGUACAUCAACUUUGUCCUUGAGGGAAAAGCCUGUAACAUUAUGUAGAAUUUAGAUUUGUUUCAUAGUUAAUGGAGAGAACAUUACUUACUCUGUAUCUUUCCAUUUUAAAUAUUGUUGAAAUGUUUUAAAACAGUCUCUGUUUUGUAAAGCGCUACAUAAGGAAAAAUGUGACUUGAUUGAAGUAGUUUGCACCACUGUCAUAACGUUGGUGUUUGCAACAUAUUAAAAACAUUAUAGAUGCACUUCCUGGCUUUAUGCACUUUAUACAUUUGUUGUGUAUUUCUUUUUGGAUACAGUUUGUGGCAAUUUUUAACUAAUUUAGGGUGGUCUACAACCUGCCAUGUUAUUGCCUGACCAUCAGAUGUCACUGUGCAUAUUCUUAGUAAGCAAGUCUUUGGUAAAGCGUCUAACUCGUAUUUUGUACAGAGCGGAGGAAAGCUUGUUUUCAGGCAAACUCGCUUGUAGCUCGUUUACUACAUCACUACGAGUAAAAAGAGGCAUAAUUCGUGUACCAAAAACGUUUUGCUCGCGAGUUAUUGAUCCGGAAAAGUCGAAUCUGUGAAUAUCUUGCCAGUUUUACCGAACUGUCAAAGUUUAGUUGUCCAGUGGCUGAGGUUACGCAGUAAGCAAACAACAGAUGAAUCAGAGCAAACACAAGGUAUGUGUUUGUCUUGAACGGUCCGCAGUCCUCAAAUGUUCCGCUCUGUUUGUGUGUGUUUGUGUGUGUUUGUGUGUGUGUGUGUGUGGGGGGGGGGUCGGUUUCGGUUUCCUUUCUCAAGAAGUAGCCGCCCGCUAAGUUAAUAAGGCAAGCUCUCACCAGCAAGAGCGUCAGUGCAAAGCAAGAGCAUCCCGAAUUGCUUGAGUAAAGUCGAUUAAGAUGGAUCCAGUGACGCUUAUUGGAGCUGGUGUAGGAGCAGUCUUAACAGUCGCUGCAGCUCCUGCUGUUCUAGCAGCCGCAGGUUUCACCGGCGCAGGAAUUGCUGCAGGUUCUGUUGCCUCCUCUUUGAUGUCAGCUACUGCUGUCGCUAACGGAGGAGGGAUUGCAGCAGGAUCCGUGGUUGCAACUCUUCAAGCUGCUGGUGCUGCUGGAAUCCCUUUGGUAGGUCAAGCCAUCGUGGGGACUGUGGGAGCCGUGGUGGGUGCCGUUGCCAGUAUGGCCAGCAACUGCACUCAGUGACCAGUUCAUUUUAUUGAAUCAGUAACUAGUGCUGUAAAUGUAUCUCUUUAUAUGUUCAUUAUCUCGUUGUCUGUCAUGGUGAUCAGAAUCUCUUGAAUGUUGUUCUGUAUCAGUAGCCCUAGGUUUAGGUGUGUAUGAGAUCUUCUUUUAAUACACACCUGCGUUAAAGAUGCUGUUUUUAGCACUGACAAUAGAAAAAGAAGAAAAAACAUAUUAGAUCUUUCUGUCAUUUCUUUAGCUAUCAUAAACCAAUUUUGUGUUAUAAAAUGUUUCAUUGAGUUAGACUAACUGUCAUUAGGAGAAUUUUGUUGAAUAAUGAAAAGGGGUUUCUUCGAUUUCCGCACAAUUCUGUAACCAUAGGCACUAUUUUUCAUGUGGUCACCAAAAUAAAAGCUUAUAAAUAGGGUUCUUCGAAUGGGUUCUCCACCACAGGUUUCCUACAGAGGAUGGCUUUCUUAAGAGUCUUUUGCAAGCACCAUGUAUGUGUUUGCAAAUCGUUUUGUUUGGACCUGCACAAUAUGUAUGUAGAGACCUUGUUUAGUAAACCUAAUAAACAAUUGAAAUAAUGUG